CCUGAUUGGUCAGGGAAUACAUUGACGGAUACAGGGUACAAAUACAAGCCCCUCCGCCACUGUUCUCCUCCGAUUGUCUCCAGCUCUAGCAACACAGGUCUGUGUGUGUUUGUGUGUGUUUGCGUGCGUGCAUUUUGAGCGUAUGCAGUCACACUGGGGUAUCGUAAAUGAAACAAUUCGUUACAAUGAUGGAUAGCAGUUAGGCGGGGAGGGGAGUGAUGGGAUACAAUCAUAUUGGAUUCUUGGCAGGGCUGUGAUGUCAUAUGUCAAUUUGAUGUUGAUUUGGGGUUUGUGUGUCAGGAGGAGUUUGUAUGUCAUUGUGACAUACCAUAUUAUUUACAGUAGAGAGUGUUGUAUUUAUUAGGAUAUUCUAUACUUAACUGUAAAUACUAAGUGGUUGUUCAAAAGAAUAAUGGCAUUAGUUAAGAGAAAGCAUUGGGGAUUCGUCUUAUUAAUUCUGUCUCUCCCUCUCUGCUCUCUCUCUCUCUCUCUCUCUCUCUCUCUCUCUCUCUCUCUCUCUCUCUCUCUCUCUCUCUCCGUAACCCAUAGAUCUCAUAUUCAUAGAUUUUCCAGUUUGCCACCAUGAGUCCCAAGAAUGUAAUUUUCAAGAAGAUGGCCAAGGACAAGUCGGUGAGUGUGUGUGUGUGUGUGUGUGUGUGUGUGUGCUUAUGUGCGUGCGUGUGUGUGUGUCUGUGUGCUAAGCAUUAUUAUUAGAGCGUCAUAAUGCAAUAAUAACAAAAUAUAACAAUAUGACUAUUCUUGAUAUUUCACACAUUGACUUGUAUUCGACAAGGAAACCUAACAACAUUUCUGCUGUUCACUUAGCACUUACAUUUCCCUCAGUAGUCUCUUUCCAUAGUUGCUUGUCAAGAAGCUGUGGAAAGAGACUAUUCACUCUGUGUUGUCGUCGGCAAAGUGAUGGCGUUAACAGGUGACACGGAUGAAGCCAUGCGUAUGACAGAUUACAUUGAGAUUAGAUUAAUGUAUUACUCCUCUGAGGUGUGUGUGUGUGGUGUAUGUGUGUUAAAGGAUAUGCAACACAUUUUCCCCAAGGUUAAACUGCUUGCAAGUGGGUUUAGAAUGCUGUGAAAGUGUUUACGUGUGUUUGAGUGUUUAUGUGUUGUGUGCAUGCAUGCAUGUGCUAAUGUGUUGACAUCAUUUUUAGUGAAGGCAUCAGGUAAAGAUGUGUGAUUUUAUGUUUUGUACUUGAUCAGGUUGGAGUAUACAUGGCGAAGAGGGACUUUGUGGAUCAUGUGGAUUCUGUCGACCCAGUGGGUAAGCUCAGCUUUCUUAAAACAACCCCGACGUGAACCAAUCAGCAACUCAACAAGUCAAAAACAAACCAAUCAUUACACAGCAAACACAUAACACACCAAGGGCAUUGCACAUCAAACAAUCUAACACACAAUUAAUAAAAUGUUGCCAGAUCUAGCUGGACCUACAUAACAGGCCACUUUUGAGGUCUGACAGACUUAGAUUUUGAAGUGUAUGUAAUGUAUGUAAUGUCCCUUUAAUUGAAAUCCAUCAUUCAAAUGGCUUACUGGAUUCUUAGUAUUGCUUUAGAUAAGAGCCUUAGCAAUGAACACUUUCAUCAAUGUAAUGAAUUCUUUAGAGCCUUUGGCCAGGAAUCAAUCAAACGCAGAUGUAUUUAUUUUUAUUUCACCUUUAUUUAACCAGGUAAGACAGUUGAGAACAAGUUGUCAUUUACAACUGCGACCUGGCCAAGAUAAAGCAAAGCAGUGCGGAAAAAACAACAACAACACAGAGUUACACAUGGAAUAAACAAAACGUACAGUCAAUAACACAAUACAAAAUCUAUAGACAGUGGGGGAAAAAAGUUUUUAGUCAGCCACCAAUUGUGCAAGUUCUCCCACUUAAAAAGAUGAGAGAGGCCUGUAAUUUUCAUCAUAGGUACACGUCAACUAUGACAGACAAAUUGAGAAAAAAAAUUCUGGUGGAAAAUAAGUAUUUGGUCACCUACAAACAAGCAAGAUUUCUGGCUCUCACAGACCUGUAACUUCUUCUUUAAGAGGCUCCUCUGUCCUCCACUCGUUACCUGUAUUAAUGGCACCUGUUUGAACUUGUUAUCAGUAUAAAAGACACCUGUCCACAACCUCAAACAGUCACACUCCAAACUCCACUAUGGCCAAGACCAAAGAGCUGUCAAAGGACACCAGAAACAAAAUUGUAGACCUGCACCAGGCUGGGAAGACUGAAUCUGCAAUAGGUAAGCAGCUUGGUUUGAAGAAAUCAACUGUGGGAGCAAUUAUUAGGAAAUGGAAGACAUACAAGACCACUGAAAACCUCCUUCCAUCAGCAAGGGCAUUGAAGAUGAAACGUGGCUGGGUCUUUCAGCAUGACAAUGAUCCCAAACACACCGCCCGGGCAACGAAGGAGUGGCUUCGUAAGAAGCAUUUCAAGGUCCUGGAGUGGCCUAGCCAGUCUCCAGAUCUCAACCCCAUAGAAAAUAUUUGGAGGUAGUUGAAAUUCUGUGUUGCCCAGCGACAGCCCCAAAACAUCACUGCUCUAGAGGAGAUCUGCAUGGAGGAAUGGGCCAAAAUACCAGCAACAGUGUGUGAAAACCUUGUGAAGACUUACAGAAAACGUUUGACCUGUGUCAUUGCCAACAAAGGGUAUAUAACAAAGUAUUGAAAAACUUUUGUUAUUGACCAAAUACUUAUUUUCCACCAUAAUUUGCAAAUAAAUUCAUAAAAAAUCCUACAAUGUGAUUUUCUGGAGAAAAAAAUUCUCAUUUUGUCUGUCAUAGUUGACGUGUACCUAUGAUGAAAAUUACAGGCCUCUCUCAUCUUUUUCAGUGGGAGAACUUGCACAAUUGGUGGCUGACUAAAUACUUUUUUUCCCCACUGUACAGUGUGUGCAAAUGUAGUAAGUUAUGGAGGUAAGGCAAUAAAUAGGCCAUAGUGCAAAAUAAUUACAAUUAUGAUUUAGUGGAGUGAUAGAUGUGCAGAAGAUGAUGUGCAAAUAGAGAUACUGGGGUGCAAAUGAGCAAAUUAAAUAACAAUGUAAAUAACAAUAUGGGGAUGAGGUAGUUGGGUGGGCUAAUGACAGAUGGGCUGUGUACAGGUGCAGUGAUCGGUAAGCUGCUCUGACAACUGAUGCUUAAAGAUAGUGAGGGAGAUAAGUGUCUCCAGUUUCAGAGAUUUUUGCAGUUCGUUCCUGUCAUUUGCAGCAUAGAACUGGAAAGAAUGGCGACCAAAGGAGGUUUUGACUUUGGGGAUGACCAGUGAGAUAUACCUGCUGGAACGCAUACCAUGGGUGGAUGUUGCUAUGGUGACCAAUGAUCUAAGAUAAAGCGGGGAUUUGCCUAGAAGGGAUUUAUAGAUGACCUGGAGCCAGUGGGUUUGGCGACGAAUAUGUGGUGAGGGCCAGCCAACGAGAGCGUACAGCUCACAAUGGUGGGUAGUAUAUGGGGCUUUGGUGACAAAACGGAUGGCACUAUGAUAGACUACAUCCAAUUUGCUGAGUAGAGUGUUGGAAGCUAUUUUGUAAAUGUCAUCGCUGACAUGUUUUGCAGCAUGAGUGAAGGAGGCUUUGUUGCGAAAUAGGAAGCCGAUUCUAGAUUUAACUUUGGAUUGGAGAUGCUUAAUGUGAGUCUGGAAGGAGAGUUUACAGUCUAUCCAGACACCUAGGUAUUUGUAGUUGUCCACAUAUUCUACAUCAGAGCCGCCGAGAGUAGUGAUUCUAGUCAGGCAGGCGGGUGCAAGCAGCGUUCGAUUGAAGAGCAUGCAUUUAGUUUUACUAGCGUUUAAGAGCAGUUGGAGGCCACGGAAGGAGUGUUGUAUGGCAUUGAAGCUCGUUUGGAGGUUUGUUAACACAGUGUCCAAUGAAGGGCCAGAUGUAUACAAAAUGGUGUCGUCUGCGUAGAGGUGGAUCUGAGAGUCACCAGCAGCAAGAGCGACAUCAUUAAUAUACACAGAGAAUAGAGUUGGCCCGAGAAUUGAACCCUGUGGCACCGCCAUAGAGACUGCCAGAGGUCCAGACAACAGGCCCUUCGAUUUGACACUUUGAACUCUAUCUGAGAAGUAGUUGGUGAACCAGGCGAGGCAGUCAUUUGAGAAACCAAGGCUAUUUAGUCUGCCAAUAAGAAUGCGGUGAUUGACAGAGUCAAAAGCCUUGGCCAGGUCAAUGAAGACAGCUACACAGUACUGUCUUUUAUCGAUCACGGUUAUUAUAUCGUUUAGGACCUUGAGCGUGGCUGAGGUACACCCAUGACCAGCUCGGAAACCAGAUUGCAUAGUGGAGAAGGUACAGUGGGAUUCUAAAUGGUCGGUGAUCUGUUUUUAACUUGGCUUUCAAAUACUUUCGAAAGGCAGGGCAGGAUGGAUAUAGGUCUGUAACAGUUUGGAUCUAGAGUGUCACCCCCUUUGAAGAGGGGGAUGACCGCGGCAGCUUUCCAAUCUCUGGGGAUCUCAGACGAUACGAAAGAGAGGUUGAACAGGCUAGUGAUAGGGGUUGCAACAAUUUCGGUGGCUAAUUUUAGAAAGAAAGGGUCCAGAUAGUCUAGCCCAUCUGAUUUGUAGGUGUACAGAUUUUGCAGCUCUUUCAGAACAUCAGCUAUCUGAAUUUGGGUGAAGGAGAAGCGGGGGGGGGGGGGGGGGGGGGGGGGGGCAUGGGCAAGUUGCAGCGAAGAGUACAGAGCUGGUGGCCGGGGUAGGGGUAGCCAGGUGGAAAGCAUGGCCAGCUGUAGCAAAAUGCUUGUUGAAAUUUUCGAUUAUCGUAGAUUUAUCGGUAGUGACAGUGUUUCCUAGCCUCAGUCCAUUGCUGUGCACACAUUACUAAUCUGCAUUGGUUUGAAUCCUGGCCGCUGUCUUGUCUAAUUAUGUAAAUUCUAACCUAUGCUGUUCUUCACUCACAAUAGAUGGUGUCAUACUGGUUGACCCUGAGGUCCUCAAAGGAAAAAAAGGUCUGCAUUUCACCAAAUGUGUGCGUGUGCAUGUGCAUGUGGGCAAGUGUUUGUGCUUGUAUGUGUGUAGAACAGGGCUGGGGUCGAUUUUAAAUUGAAGGCAGUCAAUUCAGGAAGUGGUUUGAAUUUAAAAUAAAAUACAAAUGGAAAAGCUUUUAGCUUUUUUAAUUUGAUUGAGAAGCCAUUCAAAAUAGCAGUACUUCCAGCCUUCUCGGCUAGAUUUGUGACGGCUCAAACCAUGACCAUGUUAAUAUAACCAUAUAUCUUUGACUCCCCCUAGCGUUCGUCCAGCUGUCCUGCACGUUCCGGUACGGUCGUGAAGAUAUGGACGUGAUGGGAAUUGCCUUCCGUAAGGAGAUCUACAUGGCCAACCGUCAGGUGUAUCCGCCCAUGCAGGACAAGGAGCAGUCCACACACACCCAAGAUGCAGGGCAAACUGCUGCGCAAACUGGGAGACAAUGCUUUCCCUUUCUUUUUCGAGGUGAGGGCCAAGGACCUAAAGAGACACCAACAUUUUAUUGUACAUGCACAUUGCAAAUUAAAAACACUUAUACAUGUCAAGAAAAACAACAACACUCACAUAGGCCUACUCGCGUCAUUAUGCCCACACAUGAACACAAACGCCUCUCGUUCACCUAAUUACAUUUUUCUUUGUGUGUGUGUUUCAGUUCCCUGAUAACCUGCCUUGUUCAGUGGGUUUGCAGCCUGGCCCUAAGGAUUCUGGGAAGGUAAGGGUUGUGAACCUUGACCUGGUUGUCUCUUAUAUUGCUUCAUUCCAUUAUGUGAUAUUUGUUUAUUACAUUUGAAAUGCAUAUAAUGUAUUUUUGUAUUCUGAGAAUUGUUACAUUGUGACGAUUGACGUAUACAGCUCAUAUAAUGUAUUUCAGAUUGUGAGCAUGCUCUGUUGUUGUCUUGGUAGCACUGUGCUGUGGAGUUUGAGGUCAAAGCCUUCAGUGCGGAGAGCCAGGAGGCCAAAGUCCGCAAACGGUCAGUGGAGUUUUCUCUUUCCCAAAUAACCACCGAUCCUAACCCAAAGUCUCCACCAUCGGCCCUGGAGAGCUGCUUUAACAGAAAUAGCCGGUUGUGGCUCUAUAUCACAACAAACAUUGAUGGAUGGUGUUACAAAACCAAUAACUAGCCUACCGAUGUUGUUGCACUUGCUUUGUUUAGGGGUCCUAGGCAUAGUUACAUGGUAUGUAACUUGAAUGAAUGUGUGCAUUUAUGUGAGAAAUCAGCGUUGGAGGACCAUGUUGGAUGCACUUGUGCCCAGGGAGACAGCCAUCUUACUUUAGGCCCAGGGCCAGCUCCUUCUUGAUCUCUUGGUCGGCCAGUCCAAACAGAUUAUUAUUUGUUCAGAUGGUGACCAAACAUAAAUAUGUAGAAAAAGAAAAAAUACAAAAGGAAUGCCCUAACUAAAGACUCAAAAACAAACAAAAGGCCUCAUGGACACCAAACAAAACCAGCAGCCUCACAGCUUUUCCAGCUGGGACACUGACGAUCACAUCAUUGGCAGCACCUGUCUCCUUAUCAACCCGGCUCAGCAUCUGGGGAAUGGAGUGUUGAAGUGGUAGUGAGCUGUAGCGUGCUGUCUAAACUACCUAACCUAUUCCAUAACAAUGGUUCUUUCUCAUCCCUCCCCUCCCUUCCUCUCCCCUUCUCCCCUCCCCCUUCUCUCCUUCCUCUGUAGGAGUACAGUGCGUCUGAUGAUUCGAAAGGUGCAGUAUGCCCCGGAGAAGAGCGGGACGGCCCCCUCUGUGGAGACCACCCGUGACUUUGUCAUGUCCGACAAGCCCCUGCACCUGGAGGCGAGUCUUGACAAGGAGGUGGGUAGGAUACCAUUAGAGAUAACAACACAUGACUGGCCUUAGAUUGUACGCCUUUGCUCAUAAAUGAUUAGUGAAGCAUCUACACUGCAUUCGGAAAGUAUUCAGACAUUUUCCCUUUUCCCAAAUGUUCUUACAUUACAGCCUUAUUCUAAAAUUGAGUAAAUAAUAGUUUUUUCCUCAUAAAUCUACACACAAUACCCCAUAAUGACAAUGUUGUUUUUAGAAUGUUUUGUAAAUGUAUUACAAGUAAAAAACAGAAAAACCUUAUUUACAUAAGUAUUCAGACCCUUUGCUAUGAGACUCGAAAUUGAACUCCAGUGCAUCCUGUUUCCAUGUAUCAUCCUUGAGAUGUUUUUACAACUUAAUUGGAGUCCACCUGUGGUAAAUUCAAUUGAUUGGACAUGAUUUGGAAAGGCACACACCUGUCUAUAUAAGGUCCCACAGUUGACAGUGCAUGUCAGAGCAAAAACCAAGCCAUGAGGUCGAAAGAAUUGUCCGUAGAGCUCCGAGACAGGAUUGUGUCGAGGCACAGAACUGGGGAAGGGUACCAAAACAUUUCUGCAGCAUUGAAGGUCCCCAAGAACCCAGUGGCCUCGAUCAUUCUUAAAUGGAAGAAGUUUGGAACCACCAAGACUCUUCCUAUAGCUUGCUGCCCGGCCAAACUGAGCAAUUGGGGGAGAAGGGCCUUGGUCAGGGAGGUGACCAAGAACCCGAUGGUCACUCUGACAGAGCUCCAGAGUUCCUCUGUGGAGAUGGGAGAAACUUCCUGAAGGCCAACCAUCUCUGCAUCACUCCACUAAUCAGGCCUUUAUGGUAGACUGGCCAGACGGAAGCCACUCCUCAGUAAAAGGCACAUGACAGCCCGCUUUGGAGUUUGCCAAAAGGCACCUAAAGACUCAAACCAUGAGAUACAAGAUGAUUUGGUCUGAUAAAACCUAGAUUGAACUCUUUGGCCUGAAUGCCUAGCAUCACAACCUGGCACCAUCCCUACGGUGAAGCAUGGUGGUGGCAGCAUCAUGCUGUGGGGAUGUUUUUCAGCGGCAAGGACUGGGAGACUAGUCAUGAUAGAGGGAACGAUGAACGGAGCAAAGUACAGAGAGAUCCUUGAUGAAAAGCGGCUCCAGAGCGCUCAGGAUCUCAGACUGGGGAGAAGGUUCACCUUCCAACAGGACAACGACCCCAAGCACACAGCCAAUACAACGCAGGAGUGGCUUCGGGACAAGUCUCUGAAUGUCCUUGAGUGGCUCAGCCAGAGCCUGGACUUGAACUCGAUAGAACAUCUUUGGAGAGUCCUGAAAAUAGCUGUGCAGCAACGCUCCCCAUCCAACCUGACAGAGCUUGAGAGGAUCUGCAGAGAAGAAUGGGAGAAACUCCCCAAAUACAGUUGUGCCAAGCUUGUAGGGUCAAACCCAAGAACACUCAAGGCUGUAAUCGCUGCCAAAGGUGCUUCAACAAAGUACUGAGUAAAAGGCCUGAAUACUUAUGUAAAUGUGAUAUUUCAUAUGUUUUUUAAAUUAUGUUUUUACAUUUGCACACAUUUCUAAAAACCUGUUUUUGCUUUGUCAUUAUGGGCUAUUGUGUGUAGAUUGAUGAGAGGAAAAAAACAAUUUAAUCAAUUUUAGAAUAAGGCUGUAACGUAACAAAAUGUGGAAAAAGUCAAAGGGGUCUGAAUACUUUACGAAUGCACUGUAUAUAGUGUUUGUUAAAAGUGGGACCAGCGGUCGUAUGUAUUAAGAGUAGGAGUGCUGCUCUAGGAUCAGGUCCCCCCUGUCCUGUUAUCUUAUUCAUUGUGAUCUAAAAGGAAAAACUGAUCCUAGAUCAGCACUCCUACUCUGAGACGCUUGAUACACACAACCCCAGCUUUUGCAUGUGUGUGUUGGGGUUUGUUCAAUGGGGUCCAACAUUUCAAACAUUGCUGGUAUAAAUGUUAUGUAUAGACCUUGGACAAAGCCUGGGAUAUUUUCAGACAUAGUUCCAUAUGGUCAUAUGACCACAACUACAAAAUGGCCCCCACAAGGAGCCCUCCUCUCUGACAUGAUUUCCUUCCCUUGCAGACCUACUACCAUGGAGAGCCCAUUAAUGUGCGUGUCAACAUCACAAACAGCUCCAACAAGAAUGUGAAGAACAUCAUUGUCUCCGGUAAGGAAAGACCAACACAUGCAGCAAACUUUACAAACUGACACAUAUGCGAAAGAACAAGAUAUCUAUUCUAUAAUAUAUCAAAACUGGCAAAAGCAUUACCCCACAAUUUGCAAAGCACCAGAUGUAUGAACCCAUCAUAUCACCCUUAUUAUAUUGCUAAAUGAUUUUUGAAGCAUGUAUGUAGGCAUUAUAAAUACUUUAUGGGUCCUGUGUGGCUCAGUUGUUAGAGUAUGGCACUUGCAGCGCCAGGGUUGUGGGUUUGAUUCUCCACGGGGGACCAGUACGAAAAAGUACGAAAAUGUAUGCACUCAGUACUGUAAGUCGCUCUGGAUAAGAGCGUCUGCUAAAAUGUAAAAAUGUUAUGAAGGCUUACUCGUGCCCUAUAAGUUCAAGUCUUCAAAGUGUGACUGGAGAUGUUUUUCUAUCUCUAUCUUUGAUUUCUCAGUGGACCAGGUGGCCACUGUGGUCUUGUAUUCCAAUGACAGCUACGUGAGGGCAGUGGCCUUAGAGGAAUCUGGGUAAGCAUCCAGCCUUUGAGAGAAUACAUGUUUAAACUGCAAUAAACCACAAUGGAUAUUAGAUUUUAACUUUUGUUUGUUCAUCAGUAAUAAUCAGAAUCAGCUAUACAGUGUGACUGCAUACAGUGUCUUGCAAAAGUAUUCAUCCCCCUUGGCAUUUUUCCUAUUUUGUUGCAUUACAACCUGUAAUUUAAAUGGAUUUUUAUUUGGAUUUCAUGUAAUGGACAUACACAAAAUUGUCCAAAUUGGUGAAGUGAAAUGAAAACAAUAACUUGUUUAAAAAAAUUCUAAAAAAUAAAUAACGGAAAAGUGGUGCAUGUAUAUGUAUUCACCCCCUUUGCUAUGAAGCCCCUAAAUAAGAUCUGGUGCAACCAAUUACCUACAGAAGUCACAUAAUUAGUUAAAUAAAGUCCACCUGUGUGCAUUCUAAGUGUCACAUGAUCUGUCACAUGAUCUCAGUAUAUAUACACCUGUUCUGAAAGGCCCCAGAGUCUGCAACACCACUAAGCAAGGGGCACCACCAAGCAAGCGGCACAAUGAAGACCAAGGAGCUCUACAAACAGGUCAGGGACAAAGUUGUGGAGAAGUACAGAUCAGGGUUGGUUUAUAAAAAAAUAUCUGAAACUUUGAACAUCCCACGGAGUUCCAUUAAAUCCAUUAUUAAAAAAUGGAAAGAAUAUGGCACCACAACAAACCUGCUAAGAGAGGGCCGCCCACCAAAACUCACGGACCAGGCAAGGAGGGCAUUAAUCAGAGAGGCAACAAAGAGAACAAAGACAACCCUGAAGGAGCUGCAAAGCUCCACAGCGGAGAUUGGAGUAUCUGUCCAUAGGACCACUUUAAGCCGUACACUCCACAGAGCUGGGCUUUAAGGAAUAGUGGCCAUAAAAAAGCCAUUGCUUAAAGAAAAAAAUAAGCAAACACGUUUGGUGUUCGCCAAAAGGCAUGUUGGAGACUCCCCAAACAUAUAGAAGAAGGUACUCUGGUAAGAUAAGACCAAAAUUGAGCUUUUUGGCCAUCAAGGAAAACACUAUGUCUGGCGCAAACCCAACACCUCUCAUCACCCCGAGAACACCAUCCCCACAGUGAAGCAUGGUGGUGGCAGCAUCAUGCUGUGGGGAUGUUUUUUAUUGGCAGGGACUGGGAAACUGGUCAGAAUUGAAGGAAUGAUGGAUGGUGCUAAAUACAGGGAAAUUCUUGAGGGAAACCUGUUUCAGUCUUCCAGAGAUUUGAGACUGGGAUGGAGGUUCACCUUCCAGCAGGACAAUGACCCUAAGCAUACUGCUAAAGCAACACUCGAGUGGUUUAAGGGGAAACAUUUAAAUGUCUUGGAAUGGCCCAGACCUCAAUCCAAUUGAGAAUCUGUGGUAUGACUUAAAGAUUGCUGUACACCAGCGGAACCCAUCCGACUUGAAGGAGCUGGAGCAGUUUUGCCUUGAAGAAUGAGCAAAAAUCCCAGUGGCUUGAUGUGCCAAGCUUAUAGAGACAUACCCCAAGAGACUUGCAGCUGUAAUUGUUUGCGAAAGGUGGCUCUACAAAGUAUUGACGUUGGGGGGGGUGAAUAGUUAUGCACGCUCAAGUUUUCUGUUUUUUUGUCUUAUUUAUUGUUUGUUUCACAAGAAAAAAUAUUUUGCAUCUUCAAAGUGGUAUGCAUGUUGUGUAAAUCAAAUGAUACAAACCCCCCAAAAAUCCAUUUUAAUUCCAGGUUGUAAGGUAACAAAAUAGGAAAAAUGCCAAGGGGGUGAAUAGUUUCGCAAGCCACUGUACAUACAACCUGGAAAUCACCCCAAAAUGUCUAACUCGGGCUCUCCCAUUGGUCUAGGGAUGCUGUUGCUGCUGGUGCAAGCCUGAAGAAAGUGUAUACCCUCACUCCCCUAUUGGUCUGCAACCAGGAGAGGCAGGGCAUAGCUCUUGAUGGCAAGUUGAAGCAUGAAGACACCAAUCUGGCAUCGUCUAGCAUGUGAGUAUCCCGCCAGUUAUCGGCAGCUAGUAAAACAAGUGGUGAUGUUGAAGGAGAAUCUGGGUUGUGUUCAUUAGGACACACCGUAGCAAAACAUUUAUAAUAAUAAUAAUAUGAUAAUAAUAAUAAUAAUAAUAAUAUAAUAAUAAUAAUAAUAAUAAUAAUAAUAAUAUGCCAUUUAGCAGACGCUUUUAUCCAAAGCGACUUACAGUCAUGUGUGCAUACAUUUUUACGUAUGGGUGGUCCCGGGGAUUGAACCCACUACCCUGGCGUUACAAGCGCCAUGCUCUACCAAUUGAGCUACAAGAUAAACGCUUCUUACUGGACAAGUUCAAAUAGUACCUCCCCUUUUUCCUUCAUUUCGGAGCAUUUUCAUUUGUUUCGUGCCUACUGAACACAACCAUGGUACAUUCAGUUAUAUUGUGUAGAACAGACAACCCAGCAAACCAAAAUUGGUUCUGUGAAAGUUCCCAGAACAUUCGUUAGGUCGUGGCAAAUGUUCUCACAACACAAAAACUGUCCAGUCAUGCUGAUGAUUAUACAGCGAGGGAAAAUUUGUAUUUGAUCCCCUGCUGAUUUUGUACGUUUGCCCACUGACAAAGAAAUGAUCAGUCUAUCACUUUAAUGGUAGGUUUAUUUGAACAGUGAGAGACAGAAUAACAACAAAAAAAAUCCAGAAAAACGCAUGUCAAAAAUGUUAUAAAUUGAUUUGCAUUUUAAUGAGGGAAGUAAGUAUUUGACCCCCUCUCAAUCAAAAGAUUUCUGGCUCCCAGGUGUCUUUAUUACAGGUAACGAGCUGAGAUUAGGAGCACACUCUUAAAGGGAGUGCUCCUAAUCUCAACUUGUUACCUGUAUAAAAGACACCUGUCCACAGAUCAAUCAAUCAAUCAGAUUCCAAACUCUCCACCAUGGCCAAGACCAAAGAGCUCUCCAAGGAUGUCAGGGACAAGGCUGGAAUGGGCUACAAGACCAUCGCCAAGCAGCUUGGUGAGAAGGUGACAACAGUUGGUGCGAUUAUUCGCAAAUGGAAGAAACACAAAUGAACUGUCAAUCUCCCUCUGCCUGGGGCUCCAUGCAAGAUCUCACCUCGUGGAGUUGCAAUGAUCAUGAGAACGGUGAGGAAUCAGCCCAGAACUACACAGGAGGAUCUUGUCAAUGAUCUCAAGGCAGCUGGGACCAUAGUCACCAAGAAAACAAUUGGUAACACACUACGCCGUGAAGGACUGAAAUCCUGCAGCGCCCGCAAGGUCUCCCUGCUCAAGAAAGCAUAUAUACAGGCCCGUCUGAAGUUUGUCAAUGAACAUCUGAAUGAUUCAGAGGAGAACUGCUUGAAAGUGUUGUGGUCAGAUGAGACCAAAAUCAAGCUCUUUGGCAUCAACUCAACAUGUUUGGAGGAGGAGGAAUGCUGCCUAUGACCCCAAGAACACCAUCCCCACCGUCAAACAUGGAGGUUGAAACAUUAUGCUUUGGGGGUGUUUUUCUGCUAAGGGGACAGGACAACUUCACCGCAUCAAAGGGACGAUGGACGGGGCCAUGUACCGUCAAAUCUUGGGUGAGAACCUCCUUCCCUCAGCCAGGGCAUUGAAAAUGGGUCGUGGAUGGGUAUUCCAGCAUGACAAUGACGCAAAACACACGGCCAAGGCAACAAAGGAGUGGCUCAAGAAGAAGCACAUUACGGUCCUGGAGUGGCCUAGCCAGUCUCCAGACCUUAAUCCCAUAGAAAAUCUGUGGAUGGAGCUGAAGGUUCAAGUUGCCAAACGUCAGCCUCGAAACCUUAAUGACUUGGAGAAGAUCUGCAAAGAGGAGUGGGACAAAAUCCCUCCUGAGAUGUGUGCAAACCUGGUGGCCAACUACAAGAAACGUCUGACCUCUGUGAUUGCCAACAAGGGUUUUGCCACCAAGUACUAAGUCAUGUUUUGCAGAGGGGUCAAAUACAUAUUUCCCUCAUUAAAAUGCAAAUCAAUUUAUAACAUUUUUGACAUGCGUUUUUCUUGAUUUUUUUGUUGUUAUUCUGUCUCUCACUGUUCAAAUAAACCUACCAUUAAAAUUAUACACUGAUCAUGUCUUUGACAGUGGGCAAACGUACAAAAUCAGCAGGGGAUUGAAUACUUUUUUCCCUCACUGAACAAAAAUAUAAACGCAAUAUGUAAAGUGUUGGUCCCAUGUUUCAUGAGCUGAAAUAAAAGAUCCCAGAAAUGUACCAUCUGCACCAAAAAUUAUUUCUCUUAAAUUGUGGACACAAAUGUGUUUACAUCUCAUUUAGUGAGUAUGUCUCCUUUGCCAAAAUAAUCCAUCCACCUGACAGGUAUGGCAUAUCAAGAAGCUGAUUAAACAGCAUGAUUAUUACACAAGUGCAGCUUGUGGACAAUAAAAGGCCACUCUAAAAUGUGCAGUUUUGUCACACAACAAAAUGCCACAGAUGUCUCAUGUUUUGAAGGAGGGUGCAAUUGGCAUGCUGACUGCAGGAAUGUCCACCAAAGCUGUUGCCAGAGAAUUUCGCUACAAUAAGCCGCCUCCAACAUCGUUUUAGAGAAUUUGGCAGUACGUCCAACCGGCCUCACAACCGCAGACCAUGUGUAACCACGCCAACCCAGGACCUCCACAUCCGGCUUCUUCACCUGCGGGAUCGUCUGAGACCAGCCACCCAGACAGCUGACAACCGAAGAAUUUCUGCACAAACUGUCAGAAAUAUCCUCAGGGAAGCUCAUCUGCCUGCUCGUCGUCCUCACCAGGGUCUUGACCUGACUGCAGUUCGGCUUCGUAACCGACUUCAAUGGGAAAAUGCUCACCUUCGAUGGCCGCUUGCACGCUGGAGAAGUGUGCUCUUCAUGGAUGAAUCCUGGUUUCAACUGUGCCGGGCAGAUUGCAGACAGCGUGUAUAGCGUCAUGUGGGCAAGCGGUUUGCUUAUGUCAGCGUUGUGAACAGAGUGCCCCAUGGUUGCGAUGGGGUUAUGGUAUGGGCAGGCAUAAGAUACGGACAACGAACACAAUUGCAUUUUAUCGAUGGCCAUUUGAAUGCACAGAGAUACCGUCAUGAGAUCCUGAGGCCCGUUGUGGUGCCAUUCAUCUGCCGCCAUCACCUCAUGUUUCAGCAUAAUAAUACAUGGCCCCAUGUUGCAAGGAUCUGAAAAUGUCCCAGUUCUUCCAUGGCCUGCAUACUCACCAGACAUGUCACCCAUUGAGCAUGUUUGGGAUGCUCUUGAUCGACGUGUACGACUGCGUGUUCCAGUUCCCACCAAUAUCCAGCAACUCCGUACAGCCAUUCUGAGAACGUUUAAAGAACAAACGAAAUGUGUUCUGGAAACGUUCUUGUAACAUCAGGUGAACGUUUUUUGCACCCUAAAAGAAACGUUGUAUAAUCAUCCGCAACAACUGGACAGUUUUUUGUGUUUUGGGAACAUGUCCCCAUAAUGUUAUUUCUUAUUAUUUUUAGUCAUUUAGCAGACGCUCUUAUCCAGAGCGACUUACAGGAGCAAUUAGGGUUAAGUGCCUUGCUCAAGGGCACAUCGACCGAUUUUUCACCUAGUUGGCUCAGGGAUUAGAACUAGCGACCAUUUGGUUACUGGCACAACGCUCUUAACCACUAAGCUACCUGCUGUUCCCACAACUUAAUGAAACAUUCUGGGAACCUUUUAAAGAACAGACAAAAUGUGUUCUGGGAAUAUUCUUGCAACAUCAGGCGACUGUUUUAUACAAACAUUGUAUAAUAAUAAUAUAAUAUAAUAAUAAUAUGCCAUUUAGCAGACACUUUUAUCCAAAGCGACUUACAGUCAUGCGUGCAUACAUAUUUUUUUUUUUGUGUAUAAUCAUCAGCACGACUGGACAGUUUCUGUGUUAUGAGAACAUUUGCCGCAACCUAACGAAUGUUCAGGGAACCACAGAACCAAUUUUGGUUUGCUGGACAACCAUUACUGGUACAUUGUGUUAUUACCUGGAAACCUAAUGAGAACUUUGGGGGAAUGUUCUGUGGUGGUUGCUAUAGAUGUUGUGCACAGCAUUUUAGUGAAUGUUUGGUGAACAUUCCAAGGAUAUUUAAUUUAAAACCUAAAACAUUAUUUGAAUGUUUUUGGGAUGUUAUCAUCCCAAUGAUAGAUAAAACCCUAACUAGAACAUAAUGGGAAUCUUAUGGAAUGUUCUGGGAAUGUUCCCGGUUUGCUGGCAUUUAUCUCUGAGCAAGUAAUCAUGUUAGCUCAAUUCAUGUCAUUUCUAUCUGCAAUGUUCAGGGCAUUGCUUCCUGAACUCAAACUUUAUCCCUUAUUGAAACAUAAUAAAGUGUGGUAUUAUUAGCAUACUACAAAGGCAACACAAUAGGGCGAUGCAAGUUGCCUUUUAUACGGCAGGGCUCCCGAGUGGCGCAGCAGUCUAAGGCACUGCAUCUCAGUGUUUGAGGCGUCACUACAGACCCCCUGGCUCGAUUCCAGGCUAAAUCACAACCGGCCGUGAUUGGGAGUCCCAUAGGGCGGCGCACAAUUGGCCCAGCGUCGUCCGGGUUUGGCCGGUGUAGGCCAUCAUUGUAAAUAAGAAUUUGUUCUUAACUGACUUGCCUAGUUAAAUAAAGGUUAAAAAAGAUAAAAAUACUGGUGACUUAAUUUCACGUCUCAACUCUCUUCUUGCUUCAUUUCCAUUCCUUUCCCUUCAUUCCCCCUCUCUCUCUCUCUCUCUCUCUCUCUCUCUCUCUCUCUCUCUCUCUCUCUCUCUCCUCUCCUCUCUCCCUCUCUCUCUCUCUCUCUCUCUCUCUCUCUCUCUCUCUCUCUCUCUCCUCUCUCUCUCUCUCUCUCUCUCUCUCUCUCCCUACAGUGUUAAAGAAGGUGUGCUGAAGGAGGUUCUAGGAAUCCUGGUGUCAUACAGAGUCAUGGUUAAGCUCAUUAUCGGCGGGUCAGUACACUGUGUGUGUGCGUGUGCGUGCGCACGUUGGUGUUUGGGUUUAUUAUUGGUUAUGUUCUUCAUCUUGUAGAUUUAAUACGUUUUUUGUCUUUUAUGCUUUCGUAGAAUAAUGGGAUCUAGGUAUGAUUGCUUUAUCUUAUUCAGCUACUGCACUUACACUCUUAACAAUGCAAUGAGCAUUACUCAUGUGUGCACCUCUGUGUGUGUGCAUGUGUGUUUGUUAUGGUUGCUUAUAUUAUAUCUGCGGCUAAUCUCUAGCCUAUCUGUUUUACUUCAGUGAGGUGGGAGUAGAGCUGCCUCUCACACUGAUGCACCCAAAACCUGACCUAGGUACAAACAUUUUUAUUUCACGAUCUGCAUGUGAGUGGGCAUGAGUGCAUGUGUAUUUUGCAUUUUUCUGAAGCUUUCAAUGCAAUUGAUCUGUUGUCACUAAUAUCACUCCAUAGUACCCAACCCAUGAAAUCUAAUCACUCAUGUUGUUAUCUUUUGCCUUCUGAAGUGAGGGAAAGGUAAAACUGGAUUAUCUUUCCUCCAUGUCUUGCUUAGUAGUCAUAUGUGAUUACAUGAUUGAUCAACUGCGAUUAUGAUCCCAUGUACAUGUUCACCUCUUUGUUCAAUGAAUCCGUGGAGGGUGUCAUAUUCUGAACAUGUACCUGGACCCAUUUUAUCUCUCAAUCGGACUGUUCUUCUGUUGUUUCUCUCUGUCUUUCAAUUCUUUCUGUCUGUAUUUUCGUUUAUUUCCAAUCACUGUAUGUCUGUUUGUCUGUCUGGCUGCCUACCUGUCUGUCUGUCUGUCUGUCUGUCUGUCUGUCUGUCUGUCUGUCUGUCUGUCUGUCUGUCUGUCUGUCUGUCUGUCUGUCUGUCUGUCUGUCUUUUCAUACACCUGCCUUCUUGCAUAUCUGUCUGUCUGACUGUCUUCUUGUCUCACCACGUCUCUGGCUUUACGUCUGUCCAUUUGUCCAUCCACACAUUUCUUGGGAGCAGCGAGCUGGAGGAGGAGAUGGUGUUUGAGGAGUUCAAGCGCUCCUACCUGAAGGGGAUGGCCGACGAUGAAGAGGAGGGCAACGUGUCUACAGGAGACGCAGCUUCCUGA